AUGGGCUCUUAUAUCGAUUGGUCCAAGACGACCAAGUCAUCCAAUUAUCGCGGAUCUGGAUCCUUCUCGACGUUUAUGAUCAUCGGACGUAUGCUUGUCUACGAGCGCAUCACGGCGCAACCUAAAUAUUCAUGGGCAUGCAGCACGCUAACGUGGCACUUUGUUGUAGCAACUUGCUUUUUCCUCGGAAUCCUCUUCGCGUCCUUCCCUUACGACUUCCCACUGCUUUGGAGCAAGGAGCCCGUUCCGGCCAGCUACUAUGAUCAGAUCGAGACACACUUGAAGUUCAUUCAUCAGUCGCCGCCCCUCAUCGGACGAAUGCUCAACAUUAUCGUGAGUGUUGGGUUCCUGGGCCUGUUUAUCAAGCUGUUCAGACCUAGCGAGGCCAACUUCCUGUUUGACGGCGCGUCUUUGAUCCUCUACACGAUUGGUGUUGCAGUGUACAUUACCAACAUUGUCAAGGGCCUGCGUACCAUGAGCUCUGGCUACUUUGACAGCGAUGAAUUCAAGAAUGCCAAGGCUAGGUUCGAAGGCGAAGUGAUUCUGGGACGCGAGGACAGCUUGAGGGUGCUCUCUGCCAGCAAUACCAUCUUGGCACUUGUAUUGAUUGGCGUUCUGGUUCUGCAGGCCGGUCAGUGGUAUGCGGAGAAGAGAGAUUCAGACGACGAGGCCGCUCUGGCAGCGAAGAAGGAUGCUCCUGCAAGCAAGGCGGCCACCAAGAAGAAGCAGUAA